GGACCGAGAAGCCCCGGCAUGGCCACGUCCAUCGGAGUGUCCUUCUCGGUGGGCGACGGGGUGCCUGAGGCUGAGAAGAACGCAGGGGAGCCCGAGAACACCUAUAUUCUGCGGCCUGUUUUCCAGCAGAGGUUCAGGCCCUCUGUGGUUAAAGACUGUAUCCAUGCUGUGCUCAAGGAGGAACUGGCAAAUGCUGAAUAUUCUCCAGAAGAAAUGCCUCAGCUUACAAAACAUUUAUCAGAAAACAUUAAAGAUAAAUUAAAAGAAAUGGGAUUUGACCGAUACAAAAUGGUGGUGCAAGUAGUGAUUGGAGAACAAAGAGGUGAAGGAGUAUUCAUGGCUUCUCGCUGUUUCUGGGAUGCUGACACUGACAACUAUACUCAUGAUGUUUUCAUGAAUCAUCCUUCCAUGAAGGACCGGAAGUUAAAAACAAAGCAGGUCCUUUAUCACAGCACUGUCGCAGAACACAGUUCAGAGUUAUCCACCCAAGGAGCCAGGGAGCUGGGCUAAACCAAAGAAUUUUGCUUUUGGUUAAUCAUCAGGUACUUGAGUUGGAAUUGUUUUAAUCCCAUCAUUACCAGGCUGGAGGUGAGGUUAGUGGUGCAGGAGUUGCUGACGCAGGUGGAAAUCUUGUAAUAAAUGCCUAAAAAUGUUUUAAGCAAUUUGACUGGGCUCUGGAAAGCAUUUUGUGAUUCUGAACUAAAAGGUGGACAAGUAAAUUUUAUCAAUUAAGAACAAACACCCAGAGACUAUUUCUCUUAUCCAGAAUUUAUGACAAGGUCCUGUUGUUCUUAUUAUCAGUGAUACUUAUAAUAUGGUUUCUUGGGAUGAGUAAUGGAGUUUACUCCAAGAAACUCAAAGCAUUUCAUACAUUAUUUCUGUGAUAAAUCAGGAAAUAUGUGAAUAAUUAUUUUAUGAAUAUGUAUUACCUAAAGUUCAUUAGUUCACAUUUUAUUUUUGCAUUCAGAAAAUCUAAUUCUUUACCCAUCCUAACCUUUUAGCAAGCAAUUUUGUAGUCACCCUCAGGCAAGCAAUAGUGUAGCUAUACUCUGGAAACCCUUCACUUCUUGAAGAAGGAAAAAGUCUUCCUGAUUGAAAAUUGGUGGCUGGGUGAGGUGGCUCACGCCUAUGAUCCCAGCACUUUUGGAGACCAACAUGGGUGGAUUGCUUGAUCCCAGGAGUUCAAGAACAGCCUGGGCAACAUAGUGAGACCUCAUCUUUACAAAAAAUAAACAAAAUUAGCCUGGUAUGAUGGCAGGCACCUGUGGUCCUAGCUACUCUGGAGGCUGAGGUAGAAGGAUUGCCUGAGUCUAGGAGGUCGAGGCUGCAGUGAGCUGAGAUCACACCACUGCACUCCAGCCUGGGUGAUAGAGUGACACCCUGUCUCAAAAAAGAAAAAAAAAUUGGAAAGAUCUGAGAUGGUGUUAGUUUCAGUUGUCUGUGCUGCUCUCAUUCCCUCUUUAGUACUAACAUUCUGGAUGUGUGUGUGUGUUGUAUUUAUU